AUGGCGCUGAGAUACCUAAACAAGUUCUCCCUUCUAUCACUAGCGGUACCUACUCUGGCUGCCCCGAUUGGUUCCUCGUUUGGCGUCCCUGGAACGGAUGCCCUGUAUGACUAUGUCGUGGUAGGUGCCGGCAAUGCAGGUGCCCCUGUUGCAUACCGGCUCGCAGAAACAGGUCAUACUGUGGCCUUGGUGGAAGCUGGAAGCUUAUAUGAAUAUGGAAACGGCAACCUGAGUCAGAUCCCGGCCAACUCGCUCUUCUUCAUCGGCAAAGACCCAGAAUGGACCAACAACCUUGUCGAUUGGAACUUUGUCACAUCACCUCAGGCGGAAUGGAACAAUGCCUCUGUCCACUAUGCCAGCGGCAAAGUCCUAGGAGGCAGCACGGGGCGAAACCUGAUGACCUACCACCUCCCAACAAAGGGCAGUCUAGAUAGAUGGGCCGAAGACGUAAGUGACGAGAGCUGGAAUUUCGACAACAUGCUCCCGUACAUCAUGAAGUCGCAAAGGUUCACACCACCAAACAACAACCUCCGCUUCCGCAAUGCAACCCCGACGUAUGACCCCGCUGUCCUGGGGCGAAGAGGACGACUAGACGUGACUUACCCUAACUACGCCAAUGGUCUUGCCUCGUGGCUCGUCCGUGGCUUUCGGGACAUCGGUCUUGCGGCCAUCCGUGGCUUGAACGGCGGCCAGCUUAUUGGAUCCGCCUAUACCCUAAGCACCAUCCAGCCUGGCAACCAGCACCGCGCGUCAUCGAAGACAGCAUACCUUGAUCCCCUUAUCGGACGGAAUUUGAAUCUGAUCAUCUAUCAGUCGACGCAUGCGAAGCGGAUUCUCUUCAGCAAUGAUACUGUGGCCACCGGCGUGCGGGUCAGCUCUGAGGGACAGGAAUAUACGCUCUCCGCCAGAAACGAGGUGAUCGUCUCGGCGGGAGCAUUCAAAACGCCUCAGCUCUUGAUGGUCUCCGGGAUAGGCCCUGCGGCCAAUCUUGAGCGUUAUGGUAUCCCGCUUGUGGCGGACCGACCAGGCGUCGGACAGAACCUGCAAGACCACACUCUCGCUGGCCCCUCAUACAGAGUAAACGCCAUUACCGGCUCCUCGAAUAGCAUCCCUGAGUUCAUAACCGAGGCGCAAAGACAAUACAACAGCAACCCACCACGCGGCGUGCUCACGAAUACUGGCGUAGACAUUCUGGGCUGGGAGAAAGUGCCAGAGCAACUGCGAGGCAACUUCAGCACUGAGACCGAAGACGCCCUCGCCAGCCUCCCAGAGGACUGGCCGGAACUCGAGUACCUACCUGUCUACGGCUACUUUGGGGAUCAAAACAACUACAUGGUCACGCCGAAUGAUGGGUUCAACUACCUGACCAUCGCCGCCGCAGUGGUUUCGCCCCUGUCCAGAGGCACAGUGGAUAUCGCUUCGAACGACACCGAGGUAAAUCCUAUCAUCGACCCGCGCUGGUUCGCGCACCCGGGCGAUAUCCAAGUCGCCGUCGCCGGAUUUCGGCGCUCGAGGGCGCUAAUGGCGUCCCCCGCGAUGGCUGGCAUUACGCUUGGAGGCGAAUCGUAUCCCGGGACAGACGUGCAGACCGACGAUGAGAUCGUCGAGUGGCUGCGCGAAGCAUCCAACACCGUUCACCAUGCCUGCUGCACGGCGGGCAUGGGCCCACGGGAUAACCCUGACUCGGUGGUCGACACGCAGGGAAGAGUCAUUGGGGUUUCUGGCCUCAGGAUUGUGGACGCCUCGAUCAUGCCUUUCCUUCCCCCAGGUCACCCUAUUUCAAUCAUCUAUGGUCUAGCCGAGAGAAUUGCCGAGUCGAUUCUUGCUGAUGCAUAG